CUGGUCCAGGCCGCGGCCGUGGCCGCGUCCAGGGGGGAGGCCCGGGGGCCGGUGCUCUUCGUGGCCUUCUCCUCGGCCGCACCCCCCGCCGUGGGCCGGCCCCCGAUGGCCGCUGCCGGGGCAUCCAUUGAGUACGAUGUCAACUCGGACUGUGCACAGCUGCCCGUGGACACGCUGGAUGCCUAUCCCUGUGGCUCAGACCACACGCCCAGCCCCAUGGCCAGUCGUGUCCCCCUGGAAGCCACGCCUGUUCUGGAGUGGCCAGGGGUUCAGCUAACAGCUGUGGCAGUGACCAUGGAGGAUGGACACACUAUUGCUUUCCUGGGUGACAGUCAAGGGCAACUGCACAGGGUGUACCUGGGCACAGGAAGUGAUGGGCACCCGUACUCCACACAGAGCAUCCAGCCGGGGUCUGCGGUGAGCAGAGAUCUCACCUUUGAUGGGGCCUUCGAGCACCUGUAUGUCAUGACCCAGAGCACCCUCCUCAGGGUUCCCGUGGCCGCCUGUGCUCAGCACCUGGACUGUGCCUCCUGUCUGGCUCACAGGGACCCGUACUGUGGGUGGUGUGUGCUCCUGGGCAGGUGCAGCCGCCGCUCCGAGUGCUCGAGGGGCCAGGGCCCAGCGCGAUGGCUGUGGAGCUUCGGGCCGGAGCCGGGCUGUCUGCAGGUGGCAGCCAUGAGUCCUGCCAACAUCAGCCGAGAGGAGAGGAGGGAGGUUUUCCUGACGGUGCCUGACCUGCCGCCCCUGUGGCCAGGGGAGCCAUAUUCCUGCCACUUUGGGGAAUACCAGAGCCCGGCCCUGCCGACCGUGUCUGGUGUGAGGUGCCUCUCCCCAGACCCGAGCGGGGCCCCCGUGCUGCCGAGAGGAGCCGACCACGUGUCCGUGAGCGUGGAGCUCCGGCUGGGCGCGGUCGUGAUCGCCAAGGCCCCCCUCUCCUUCUAUGACUGCGUGGCCGGCCCCGGGGACAGUGAGUGUGUGAUGGAGCUGGAGGGCCGAGAGGUGGCCGUGGCGGCCGAGGUGGAGUGCGAGCUGCCUCCGGACACGCGGUGCCACGUCACGUGCCAGCAGCACCAGCUCAGCUACGAGGCUCUGCAGCCAGAGCUCCGGGUCGGGCUGUUUCUGCGCCGAGCCGGGAACCUGCGCUUCUCCCUGGGCCCCGUGCAGUACGACGGCGAGAGCCCCGCGGCUUUCCCCCUGGCGGCCCAGGUGGGCCUGGGGGUAGGCACCUCUCUCCUGGCUCUGGGGGUCAGCAUCAUCGUCCUCAUGUACAGGAGGAAGAGCAAGCAGGCCCUGAGGGACUACAAGAAGGUGCAGAUCCAGCUGGAGAACCUGGAGAGCAGCGUACGGGACCGCUGCAAGAAGGAUCUGACCGCCCCCCCGACCCCCCCUCCCUCUCCCCGCCAGUUCAUCCACACCCUGGAGAGCCAGCGCACCUUCUCCGCGCGGGACCGCGCCUACGUGGCGUCCCUGCUGACCGUGGCGCUGCACGGGAAGCUCGAGUACUUCACGGACAUCCUCCGCACGCUGCUCAGUGACCUGGUGGCCCAGUACGUGGCCAAGAACCCCAAGCUGAUGCUGCGCAGGACAGAGACGGUGGUGGAAAAGCUGCUCACCAACUGGAUGUCCAUCUGCCUCUACACCUUCGUGAGGGACACGGUGGGGGAACCUCUGUACAUGCUCUUCCGGGGGAUCAAGCAUCAAGUGGACAAGGGGCCAGUGGACAGCGUGACUGGCAAAGCCAAGUACACCCUGAACGACAACCGCCUUCUCCGAGAGGACGUGGAGUACCAGCCGCUGACCUUGAACGCGCUGCUGGCGGUGGGGCCUGGGGCGGGAGAGGCCCAGGGCGUGCCUGUGAAGGUGCUGGACUGCGACACCAUCUCCCAGGCCAAGGAGAAGGUGCUGGACCAGCUCUGCAAAGGCCUGCCGCUCGCCCAGAGGCCGGACUCCCGCACCCUGGAUGUCGAGUGGCGGUCCGGGGUGGCCGGGCACCUCAUCCUUUCUGACGAGGAUGUGACUUCCGAGGUCCAGGGUCUGUGGAGGCGCCUGAACACCCUGCAGCAUUACAAGGUCCCGGACGGAGCGACCGUGGCCCUGGUCCCCUGCCUCACCAAGCACGCCCUUCGGGAAAACCAGGACUAUGUCCCUGGAGAGAGUGAGUCCCCCCCCCGCCCCCGCCCUCUGCGCUUGCUCUGCCCGGCCGUGGUGCCCGGCAGUGGUGCCCGGCAGUGGGGAAAGGACUUGGACCUCAGUGGGCCUGUGUCUGCCUCCAUUCCACCCAGAGGAGCCUCCCCAGGUGCCCCCCACCCCUGGAGUUGGCAGGACCCCGGCUCAGGGGAGGGCCCUGACGGGCUUGCGGGGGGGGCUUGUGCUCCAGCAGCUGCUGUCCCCACCAUCUCCCGCAGGUACUAUGCUGACAUCCGACAGACCGUCCCCGCCAGCGACCAGGAGAUGAACUCCCUGCUGGCCGAGCUGUCCCGGAACUACUCUGGAGACCUUGGGGCACGCGUGGCCUUGCACGAGCUCUACAAGUAUAUCAACAAAUACUAUGACCAGAUCAUCACGGCCCUGGAGGAGGACAGCACUGCCCAGAAGAUGCAGCUGGGCUACCGCCUGCAGCAGGUCGCGGCCGCCGUGGAGAACAAGGUCACGGACCUGUAGGGCCGCGGGCCUCCUGCGAUCUCCCGGGCGGCCCUGGGCCUCGAGGGGGAGCCGCCUGCGUAGAUGCCUUAGCGCCUGACCAGCAGUUAGUGGAGGAGGCGCCCCGUCUCCUGGGCCU